AUGGUUUUAGAAAGAGAUCAUGGCCUCAAAGAGGUUACCGUGUACAUUGAUUCACAAACAAACACCAACCAAUAUGAUCCCCAUCAAAACGAAGACGAGCGACGUGAUAUCAGAAACAAGUACAGAAUCUUGAGCGAAAAGACACAAGAGACUCGAAAGGAACUGAUAGCGCAGGAUGACGGCACCAAGCUAUACAAUACCAUUGCCAAAACAAAUGUGCUCUUUGAAUCAGUCAAAAACCCGGUCGAAGCUGUACUGGAUUCAAGGUUUGUUCGUACCAUUGCAGACAUCCACAAAGACAAGGCCAAGAGCGUCAGCUUUGGAGCAGAGAAUGAAGUGAAUUUAGAUGAAGUCGUCGCCAAAGUAGUGUCCUUUGCAAAUCAAGCUCGAGAGAACAGCAGAUAUCUGGAUUGGGAGUAUGUGGGUCAAAGUGCCUGUACAUUUGGUAAAAGAGUCCGCACCAUGGAUUUCAUGCUGGGCGCGAUUGGUGUUCAACGCAAGCAGAUCAAGAGAACGCAAAACGUUAGAGUUGUAAAGAACAAGGAUGAUUUUGUGCAAGUAGCAACACUUCAACAAGAGGACAUUGAGAAGCAAGAGAACGAAACAGCCAAAUGUGUCAACAACAUCUUUAACAUCUUGAAGGAAAAGGGCCCUAUGAACUAUUUUAAAUUUGUGACAAACCCCACCUCCUUCUCUCAAACAGUAGAAAAUAUCUUUUAUGUGUCGUUCCUUGCAAGACGAGGCAUUGCUGGUAUCGACGUGAGUUCUGGACAGCCCAUCAUCAGUGUACAUCAAGCGGUCAAUGUGCAGAGGUUAGAGGAUGUGGUUGCCAAGAAGCAAAUCAUUAUGGGCAUCACCAUACAAGAGUUCAACGCCAUUAUCGACACAUACAACAUUACAUCUUCCACGAUACCAACAAGACAAAAACAAUCAACAGUGGCUUCUGGUUCUGGAUGGUAUUAG